AUGUCAAACAGAGUUAACACCGCGAACCGCCGGGCCAUGCUGGCAGCCAAUCAAGCAUAUGCUGCCACGCUUCCAGCGGCGCAAAGGCAGCUCCCGCUGGCCCCCUCGAAAAAGUAUCUCAUCGUUACGUGCAUGGACGCCCGCAUCGAUCCUGCGAAAGCCUUCGGGAUCAAUCUUGGUGACGCCCAUGUCAUUCGCAAUGCUGGGGGCAGUGCGAAGGCUGCUCUUCGUGACAUCAUCAUUUCUACGCAUUUCUUGGGCGUGGAAGAGGUGUUCAUCAUCAAGCACAAAGAUUGCGGCAUGAAGCUCCUGAACUCGACCGGCAAGCCGGUCAUUCAACAGUUGUAUCCCGAUCAUAUCGUAUGCCCGGGUGCCUCCUCGAUCGUGGACAUGCCAUUCCACGAAUUUGCGUGUCCGUACGCUGCCGUCCGCGCAGACUGGUGGUUUGUGCAAAACCACCCGGCGAUCCGCGCAAAUGAUGCCUCGAAGCCAGAAAGGAAAAUCAUUAUACACGGCUUUGUCUACGACCCAGCUACUGGAACGCUUGAUGACGUGGAGCCUCAAGUCGACCCGUCACAGAAUCCGAUUCCUGGGUCGCAGCCGAACCCUCCACCAGCUGAGGCUGCCAGCGGGCCCGCGUGUGACAACAACAACACCACCAUCUCUUCCGCCACAGACUACGACACCGCCCCCUCCUCCUUCAAAGACACCUCGAACAAGGCGGCGGCGGGAAUCGCAACCACUACCUGA